AUUUUAACUACCCACAAUGUCCUUGAAACCACGAGUAGUUGAUUUUGAUGAAACAUGGAACAAGCUUCUCACAACUAUUAAAGCUGUUGUUAUGUUGGAUUAUGUGGACAUAUAUGCUUUGUGUGUGGCCUAUCCCGAACCACUUGGGGAAAGACUUUAUAUGGAAACUAAAUUUUUUUUGGAAAAUCAUGUACGCCAUUUGCACAAGACAGUCUUGGACUCUGAAGAAAAAGUACUGGUAAUGUAUUACAGAAACUGGGAUGAAUACAGUAAAGGGGCAGAGUAUAUGGAUUGCUUAUAUAGAUACCUCAAUACGCAGUUUAUUAAAAAGAACAAAUUGACUGAAGCUGAUCUUCAAUAUGGUUAUGGGGGUGUGGAUAUGAGUGAGCCAUUGAUGGAGAUUGGAGAGCUAGCACUUGAUAUGUGGAGGAGAUUAAUGAUUGAGCCCUUACAGGCUGCCCUCAUUCGAAUGUUGCUCUGCGAAAUUAAAAAGUGAGUGCUUUUCUUUUUUUAAAAAAUGUGUAUUACAAAGAAUAGCUUGUCUAAAUGCAUAUGCAUUUACUGUACUCCUAUGACCAUUGUGUUAGAAGAAAGUCCUAGGUUGGAAUCCAGGCCAGGUCAUCUAAAGAAUAUGCAGGGUGAAUUGCUUGGAGCAGAGGCAGAGUUCAUUUUGAAAGCAUAAUGUGCAGUACAGCAAUUGAAGGUUGCAACAACUUACAGGUUUGAGAUGGUUACCUUUAUAGAGAAACAUUUUCUUUGCUCCUCCCAGGGAUAGGACUUGCCCUCUAGGAAUUAUUGCAAACUGCAAUUAGCUGGAUGGCCAAAAGGGGGCACUUGUUGGUUAAGGAACCCUGCUGAGCUUGUGGGGUUUUCCACUUACUGUAUUUACAUUAUUAACUGGCUUAACAUUGCUGCUGGAGGUGGCAAUCACAGAGGAAGGGAUUUUUUUUUGGUACCUGAAAGGCAUGUUUACUUGAAUGGGCUGUCACCUUUGGCCAAUUUCAUCCCCCUUGUGUGCCUUGGUGUUGACCUUGGGUCCAGGUUUGGGGAAUCUUGUAUGUGUAAAGGAUUUCCAUAUCCUGGGGGCAUUUCUAAUGGUUUUGAUUGAGUUACCAGUGUCUACCAACUUCCUAUCAGUUUCAUCCAAAGUGUCAAACUUGGCAGAAAGGCUCAAGUGGUUCUUUGUUUUAUGACCUGGGGUUUUCUGCGGUCAGGCAUGGCCAAGAUUAGUGUGUGGUCUGGCUACAAGAUGUCAUGGAGGCUUUUACCGUCUAACAGUACAAUUCCAUAAUUUUUUAAUAAUUGUAUGUACUUAUUUUAAACAGAAAUUGUAUGUGAGAUGUGAGGCUGAUGGUCUAUUUCAGUUGCAAUUAUUACAGCGACCUUUUUACUGCAAGUUAAAAAAACAAGAAAAAAGUCAAGGAAACAAUUGGUCCAUUGCUGGGAG